CGGAGCUUCAUCGCAUUCAGCAGCACCACCCACCACCGACUUCACGCUCGACCCUCACACGCCUCUCCUCUCCUAUCCCCUCCUACAAUCGUCCACCAUGGCCUCCUACUCGGAGGGUACAGAGACGCAGGGCUCGCAGGAUGUCACCUACCACCCCAAGGACGCCGUUGGCUCGGCAGUCAAGGCGACCGGCAUAACGGGAGGAGCAGGCCUCUUCAUCUCCGCCAUUCAAAACACCCUCAGCAAGCAGAAUGUCGGCGCCUUUGGCGUCUUUACCAGAACAGGAGGCACGAUUGCGGUGUUCGCCGCAAUGGGCGGCGCCUACGAAUUCACCAAAUGCGCCUCCGCCAACCUGCGAGAAAAAGACGACACCUUGAAUCCCACCAUCGGCGGCUUCGUAGCCGGUUCCAUGCUCGGCCUACGCUUCCGCUCCCUCCCUGCCGUCUUGGGGUACGGUGCAAUGCUAGCCACGACUCUUGGCGUCUUCAACUACACCGGCGGCAAACUCACUGCGCCAUAUGAGGAGGAGGCAAUUGAUAGGGUAGGGGAGAAGGAGCGGAUGCGCAAAGCGAGGCGGAGGCCGGUGGAGGAGACGGUACAUGAGUUGGGCGAGGGGCGAGGUGUCUAUGCGCCCGGCUAUGCGCAGCGGAGAGCGGACAGGAUACGAGAGGCGUAUGGGAUUGAUGUCACGAAGCCGACGCCUGCUGUGCACCCUGCCGCGACGUCGUGAUAGAGUGGUGGAUCUUGUCGGAGUGUAUAUAGUAGACGCAACUUCAAGGUGUUCAUUUCAUGAAAG